GUGGGUGCGCGCAUGCGCCCUGCGUGCCAGUCCCUGGGCUUUCCCGCGCCUGCGUAGUAGUGCGCGAAACCGGAGCGGCGGAGGGCUGCGGCGGCGAAAUGGCGGCCGCGGUGCUGGUGGCGCCGGAGGGCGGCUCUGCCGUGAUGCCGGCGGGGAGCUCGGCGACAUGUCCCCCUCCGCCGGGCCCCUCGGGCCCGGGCUCGUGGAGCCGCUCCUUGGACCGAGCUUUGGAAGAAGCGGCGGCCAGCGGCACGCUCAGCUUGAGCGGCAGGAAACUCCGCGACUACCCGCGGGCCAGCGCCGCCAACCACGACCUCAGCGACACCACGCAGGCCGAUUUGUCACGGAACAGACUGUCAGAGCUUCCAGCAGAAGCAUGUCACUUUGUCUCCCUCGAGAGCCUUAAUUUGUACCAGAAUUGCAUUCGAUACAUCCCAGAGGCUAUUUUGAACUUACAGUCUUUAACAUUUCUAAAUAUCAGUCGAAACCAACUUUCAACACUGCCAGUACACCUGUGUAGUCUACCACUAAAAGUUUUGAUAGCAAGUAAUAAUAAGUUGGUUUCAAUACCUGAAGAAAUCGGACAGCUCAGACAGCUGACAGAGCUUGAUGUGAGCUGCAAUGAAAUACAGACAAUACCUCCACAGAUUGGCAACCUGGAGUCCUUGCGUGACCUAAAUGUCAGAAGAAAUCAUUUGGUGCAUUUACCUGAAGAGCUUGCCGAGUUGCCUUUGAUUCGGUUAGAUAUCUCCUGCAAUAAAAUAACAACAAUCCCUGUUUGUUACCGGAACCUCAGACACCUGCAGACCAUCAUGUUAGAGAACAACCCUCUCCAGUCACCCCCUGCACAGAUAUGUAUAAAAGGAAAAAUUCACAUAUUUAAAUACCUGAACAUAGAAGCAUGCAAGAUAGCUCCAGACUUGCCUGAUUAUGAUAGGAGACCCAUGGGGUUUGGAUCCUGCCAUGAAGAACUUUAUUCCAGUCGUCCAUAUGGAGCACUAGAUUCUGGCUUCAAUAGUGUGGACAGUGGAGACAAAAGAUGGUCAGGGAAUGAACCUACAGAUGAGUUCUCUGACCUCCCUUUGCGUGUGGCAGAGAUCACUAAGGAACAGCGACUGCGAAGAGAGAGUCAGUAUCAAGAAAACAGAGGUAGCGCAGUCGUAACUAAUGGUGCAGUGGAACAUGAUCUCGAUCAGAUCGACUAUAUUGAUAGCUGUGCCACAGAAGAGGAGGAGGAAGAGGUGAGGCAACCCAAGUGCAUGGACUCAGCCAGCCUCAGCUCGCAAUUCGUGGCAUAUAUUGAAAAGCGGCGAAUCUCUAAUGAGCCUGUAACCAUCAGAGAAUUUCAUAGAACAGAGGAUACAAGACGAUAUUUACAUCAAAAUAGGGAUAAUGAUGAGUUACGAAGACCUGAAACUCUAAAUUUGAUGCAGGACAGAGAGCAACACCAAGUACUAAGGAAUUAUGUGGACAGGACAGAGAGACCCUUGGCUGAUUCACCUUACUUUCUCUCUCUAUCAAGUCACCACAGUCAGGUGCCUAAGACAGACCCUGAGCUGCACCACAGGCACAUAGAGCGUACCCGUCAGGAAGCCCAGCAAGCAGCGCUUCAGUACGAGGAGGAGAGGAUGAGAACAAAACAGAUCCAGAGAGAAGCUGUCCUUGACUUUGUUAAACAAAAAGCAUCCUUAAGUCCUCAGAAGCAAAGUCCUCUGGAUAGUGAGUGUCCCUUUCCAUCCAGAAGGUCUCAGCAUACUGAUGAUAGUGCCUUGUUAGUGAAUGGCUUUGAGCCUGUCUUUGUGUUUGAGAUUGACAAUAACACCAAUACCAUUAAAAGGCGGCCAGGGACUCGCAAACAGUCACUCUCAGAGUUGAGUCAAGAAGGCUGUGCUACUACCCUGCCUAAUGCCUCUACCUUCAGACCUGUCAAGAGUGAUGACAGAUCUACCAUCUCUCCCAGCUCACCUACCACUCAGACAGUCCACCUUUCCCCUCCAUAUCCUGGCCCUGCAGCCCCGCCUUCCUAUAGAAACCCUUCCCAGCGACCUGAGAGUUUCCUUUUCCGAGCAGCUGUCAGGGAUGAAGCAAAAAAAGUUGUUACUUCAUCUUCCACCUGUGCCUUGUCUCCUGCUAAUGAUUCUGUAGACCUCAGAGCAAGACAGUACUCCAAACAACGUGAGGAAGAGCUGGAGCUAAUAGAGCAACUGCGUAAGAAUAUUGAAUCACGGUUGAAGGUAUCAUUGCCCAGUGAUCUUGGAGCAGCUCUCACUGAUGGUGUUGUUCUGUGCCAUUUAGCUAAUCAUGUGCGUCCUCGAUCUGUUCCCAGCAUUCACGUCCCCUCCCCUGCUGUUCCUAAACUUACAAUGGCAAAAUGCAGACGAAAUGUGGAGAAUUUCUUAGAAGCUUGCAGAAGGAUUGGAGUGCCUCAGGAGCAAUUAUGUUUGCCUCUACAUAUUUUAGAAGAGAAGGGUUUGAAACAGGUAGCUGUGACUGUCCAGGCACUCCUGGAGCUGGCGCCCCCAAAGCAGCAGCAACUUCACCACUUGUCUGCUGUGUAGAGACCUCCGGGACCUUUUGGGUUACCUUGGCUAAGCAGAAGGACGUGAAGACUUUACUGCACAUGCUGUGCAUCCAAACACACAGAGCUCUGUUCUAAGGAAAUGAGUUUCCAUGAUUCCUGACAGGAAUGUUUUGCCUCAUUUCUCCACUUUUUUUGGAGAUCACAACAGUUUCCAGUACCAGGGGUUUUUUAAUAUUUUUGCCCCUUAUAAAACAAAGUUUAUUGUGAGGAGGGCAGGGAGUUCCACUGGUUGGUUGGUGGAGCCAGCUGUAGAAACUGACCUUGUAGAUUGACGACCUUGGUGUACAGCCUGGAAAGUGAGAUGAUUCCUAAGAGGAUUCAUUUGUCAGAAGGAUGUUGUUGCAAUGGGCACAUGGGGAACGAGAGUUCUGCCCUUCCCCACAGGGCUCAAAGAAAGGGGGUUUCUUUGCCUCUAAGAAACACCAGCUCUUUCCAUUAUAUAUAAAGGAUUACAGGCUAAGAUUGUGUUGCAGAGGAUUUCAUCACAGGGCUGUACCUCAUGCAGCUAUAACCUAUGUUGGCAUGUCCUCAGUAUUUAAAAUCUGAAAAAAAAAUAACUGUAUUCCCCCCCCCCAUAAAAAAAAAAUAAUACUGUGUGGUAUGUCCGCAAGAAACACGCAUCUUAGUAAAAGAUACUAAGCCAGAACAGUUCCAUUUGUAUUACACACAUUUGCAUUCUUGCUGGGUUUACUUUUUGUUUGGGUUUUAAUAUGUCUUUGGAAAUCUUUCCAACAUCAGUGGAGGAAAUCUCCUCCUGCCUCCUCUUGCCUCCCCCUUCCGAUCACAUAAGGAUGUGUUUAGUUACUGAAUGGUUUUGUCAAAGAAUGACUAAAUGUCGUCAAGAAUCAUGUACCGAUUUUUCACUGCAGUGCAAAGAAUUGCAACCUCCUGUGCUAAUCAUUAGAAACCCAUUAUUAAAUAAAAUUUUUAGCAGGAGCUGGAGCAUCCUAGACAGUCAUGCCAAGACUGGUGAGUGUCCCAGCCACUUUAAAAUUAAUGAUUUUAAGAACAUAAUUACUGAAUUUCCAUAGGUGGGUUGCAUAUUAUCAAAGCAGCAAUCUGUUGCAAAAGGUAGCUUAUGUUUGUAGGUUUGAAAAGGCUUUAAAAAAGCCUUUUUUCAUUGGUGUUCAAAUAGAGAGAUGCACUCAUUUUAUAAAAUUUACUUCACUCUUCUUUCUUUAUGCAAAAAUGGAAAUUGAAAAUACAGGAAUGGGAGAGACACCAGCCAAGUUUUGCAUUUUACUUUAAAGUCAACCUGUAAAAGAAAGACUACUUUUCUGUGCUUUGGUCCCACUGACUAGGCCAGGCUUAUUACCACAUCAGUAGCAAUUCCCCCCUCCCCCCCCCCCCCCAAAGACCUUGCAAAAUCUCGUUUUCCAUCCAUCCAAUUCUUUUGUUAGGUUCUGGUCUGUUUAAAGUAUCCCAGAAUGUUUUGCUACAAAUAUCAUGUAGUGCAUGGGGACUGAGAGCAACUUCAAGCACUGGAGAUAUUCCAUCAUGGUAUAUAUUUGAACCAGAAUAUACCAAGAGGUUUUCAUGGGGAUGAAGGAAGGAGAAGAAAUAGGAAAAAGCUAGCUAAAAGUCACCUCUGCUGAAGUAAACCUGCUGUGGGAGCACUGACAAAGACUGGUCUUAGCUGGACUUUUUCCUGUUCAAUUUGCCAUUUUUGCAGUUUUGCUCCUGCUCUGUUUUGCUUCAUGUAGUUCUUUGAAGGUCAGCCGUGGUGACUGUUGUAUCCUGAAUUUCAUAUAAUGAUUCCAGCUGCCUCUUAUUGGCAUUGGCUGAUCGCGUUGCAAGUCUAAAAUAACAUGUGAAGGGUAUUUAGAGCUCUGCAUUUGAAAAAAGAAAGGUUAUUUUCAUACUGGGUAAGCGAGUUGCUGUGAACUCUUCGAAAUCUCUAUAUGCCAAUAACUUGCAAUACAGAGGAGGAGAGCAGCUCCGUACAGACAUACUUUCCUCCCCGUAAGUAUAUCCUGUAUUUCACUGAAUUUCACUUGCAAAGAUUGCUGGUAGUGCUUAAGGAAUUACAUAAAAAUGUAAGAAGAAAGCUUUCACUGAAGUCUCUGCUGUAGUUAGCUGAAUGGGAGAUUCUGCCACUCACAACUAACAGUACCGACCACGUGUUGCUGGUAUGUUUGUGCAUAAUUUGAGAGGACAUCGAAUUUAUCUUAGUUUUCAACAUUAGGUCAUUUGUGUCAUACAUGGGCAUGCAACUUGAAUAGCACACCCUUCUUAAACUACUUAAAUAUAUCUGUUUUAAGAAAACGGUUCCCUUUGUAGAUUUGUAAGGGUAUGGUGUUUGCUGCAGUCCAGCUUCCAGCACCUAUCGAAAAUGAAACUUAGCAGUAUUCAGGUUGGUGGAAGCUUGACGUUUCAUUAAUACUUGUUUUUAGGAAUGAAUGGGGUGGGGGUGGGGAGUUGAAUCUGGACUUCAAGAAAUGGCCGUUCCCUAGCGUGCCUGGUCAAAACAGCUACUCUUGUAUACCAUGAGCGGGUACACACAGCAGCUGAGUUUAUGUAAAGAGCAGUGCUUGCAUGAAUGGGCAGGCGUUUGUCCCAAGUACCACUUACGUUGCUCCAAGCAACCAUGUGCUCUGGCAGCUUCUGAUGUAUGUUGGUCCUGUUACUUUCACUUCUAUAAUCUUGUAUUUUCAUGCCGGCAAACACUAAAUCUUGACCAGAUGUAUAGGACAAAAAUCCAAGCCUGAAGUUUCAUCAUAUGGUUUAUUUAAUGUAUUAUACCAAAAACCACUUCAGUUUUCUUUUGCAAUGAAAUGGGUUGGGAUUUGUUUGGUGUAUUUAUGUGCAAUUUUUGUUGUAUCCAGUGAAAAGAAUAUUUUAAAGAAAACACGUAUAAAAUUUUAUUUUGUGUGCUAAAGCAAGAGGCAAUUGUCUUUCCUUUCUGGGGCAUUUGUGUUGGAGGGUGUGGGAGGAAUUCAUCUGAGUGUUUAGUGUUUGCUAGUAUUUAUAUACUAACUCCAUUGUGUUAUGAUCCUCCUUCAAAUGAUAUCAAGCACUGAGCAGCGUCUGAGGCUCAGCAACGUUACAGACUCAAAAUCAAGCAGCACUGGCACUUAGGAGUCCUUGAUGGUAUUGAAAAGAUCAGGUCAAAACAUUGGGGAUUUGAUUCUUCCCCCUUGUGAAGGGGGAAGCUUUCUUGAAGGCCUCUUCCUUGGUGGCCUGUUUAAAAUAAAUUUGAAACAACUUUCUACAAUACUGAGAACAUCGCUGCUGUUCUCAACAGUGACAUGAUGGCAAGUGGUAUUUUUAGCCUUUCAUGACUAUAAAUGGUUCUUUGAAAACUGUUUCUAAAAACAGAGGACUUCGAAGGUUAGUUUGGACAUCUAAAACAAUCUUUUGUAUAGAUAUUGUGGUGUUUUACAAAGUGGUCUAAUUUUGUUAUUUCUGAAAACAGUGUAAACGUGUAAUUAAUAGAGUAAAGGAUUUUAAAGCUUCAUCCCAUGUUGUAUGUCUGUAAAUACAUUCCAUAAUUUCUAAGUCUGUUAAGUAUAAAUAUGUCUGAAAUUUGUAUACUUUAUUUUAAAUUGCCUGUAUUCUGCCAGUAGUGUGAACUCCUAGCACAUUGAUAAUAUAAAAGAAAACCAGGGGUAAUUUGAAAUAAAGUUUUAAAACCUACAUUAA